CCAGAACACUCAGAUCCCCUUAUGCAGGGCUACUCUCCUAUCUCUGCCCCCCAGUCUGUCCAUAGAUCUGGGGUUGCCCCAUCCCAGGUGCAGAAUUCGGCGCUUGUUCCUAUUAAACUCCAUGCAAUAAACUUCAUACACCCCUGCUCUUCACUCCACUGAGGGUGAAGAUGGGAAGUGCACGAUAGGGGCACCUCUCCAACAAGCUCUUUUGCUCAUCCUACUAAGAAGUCAGCAAGAUAAAAAUCUCCCCAGCCCUGCCCAGCACCUUUUGUGCUGCAGAGGCUUCCCCGCCUCCCUCAUCGCGUCUCACACCACAGACACAUAAAUACAGGGCCAGUGUGCUGCCGGCCACCAGGGCAGUUCCUGGGGUCCUGCAACACCUCACACUCCAGCAGCCAUCCCACCUGGCCCGGCCAUACUGCAGAGCAUGGCUCCCACCACCACACUCCGCCUGUGGCUGUUCUGCCUGCUGCUCAGUGCUGCAGCCCCAAAGCCCACCUGUGACCCCAAUGCCUGCCCGGCCUGCCCUGAGCCAGGACCUGGGGGCUGCUGCCCACCCUGCGCGCCAGCCUGUGCCUGCCCACCCUACCUGCAGGACGACUGUGAGAUGCAAGGCUUCGGUGACGGACAUGUACCCACCGGCAGCUCCUUCUACAUUGACUUCGCCCGCAAGCUGUGCACUUGCCAGCCCAGUGGGGACAUCACCUGCACCUCGCGCUGUGAUCCCGUGCCUGAUUCCUGCCAGGCUGUGGGCAGCCCAGUGGCCGAUGGCUGUCCCCGCUGCGUCUGCUACAAUGAGGAGGAGGUGGCGGUGCUCGCUGGCUCCGUGGUGCCCCGGGGAGGCCAGCUCUGCACCUGCCCUCCCCAGGGUGGCCAACUGCAGUGCAGUGAUGGGGGUGAGGCAUGAGCUGCUCCAAGGGCAGUGGGACUGGAGGCUCACAGGGAAUGGGAGGCCUUCUGCUCCUUGGGGCCUCCUCACUGGAACACAUUCGAGGUCUCAAACUGUCCCACGGUGUGGGGAGAUGCUGUGCUGUUGCAUCUAAGCAUCUUCUUGCUGCCCAGGUUUGUUGCCUGGCAGUGGGCAGAGAGGUUGGGUUGGCUGCUGCCGGCAUUGCAAUGAACCAAACUGCAUUUAUUUAUUUAUUUGUGAGAUAAUUGUGCUUUUGUGUGUGUCUAUGUUUAUAUAGUGUGUGGAUACAUGUGUCUUAAGUCAACAGGUUGGAGACAAGCUCUCCCAUACCUGCUGCUGGAGACAGUAGAAUGUGCGCUCUGAAUGCUCUGAAGUGUGCAUCUGUAUAUAUUUAUACCCAUAUAUAUAUAUGCAGGGAGACUGUAAUCAAACACAACUCCAUCAGGCUGAUGCGUUAACAAAUGUCAGCUGUGUUCCUUCAUGAGGUUGAAUAAAAUCAAUAUUGCCAA